AUGAAAUAUUGGAGGGACGAUCGACGAACGACACCCAACAAACGCAAAUUACGAUACUCUUAUUAUCCGGAGCAAAGAAUAGCAGCGACGCACUCCGCACACGACCUUUCCAUCAACAACGUGGCGAUGACUCGUACCCUCCGGAGAGGAAAUCAGCUUUUCUCCGUAGCCGCGGUGGUCUGGGCCUACGCGUACGUCAACUGGAAUAGUAAUCCCUACAAGUUGUUGAGGACGGCCGAGGCGUUGGCGCCUCCCAUCAGCUACAGACGGACAGUGUCACCGCUGGGCUACACGUAUCGGACGGAUGCGUCUCGACGAAUACAGUUCUUUCCGUUGACUGCGACUAGAAGCACCGGUUCCGCCGUCGACACCGUCAAAAAUGGCGACCAAGACUCUUCGAUUAGCGUACCGACCGGCAAACGUUUCGUGGCGCGUCAACUAGCCUCGCUCCCCCAACGCGCCGUGCGCAUCUAUUCCGAAUACGUCAGUCGACUAUGGAGAGAAACCAAUCCCGAAGCUCGUCAAAUUAUAUCCCAAGACAAGGCCGCUACCGCUAUUCGUCGGGUGCAGCAUCUGAUCCGAGGCGAGCAGCUGGCGGGGGUCGUCUCGUGGGAAGAAAAGAACGGAUUGGCACUUGCGUGUGACCACGUUUUGGAAGCCAUUGAGCAGGCCCAUCGAGAGACGGCGCGCAACAUUUCCGCCCCCGUCACGAAUGGAAUGGACAUGUCCAUCGAGUCAAAGCCCACAAGCAAAACAGCACCACCUCCUACGUUGCAGAAAAAAAGCCGCUCGGUUUUGUUCGGUGCCAUCAUGGGUGCCGUAGUAGCGUGCUGGGUCUUUUCGGGAAACUACAUUUUCACCGGCUUAUUCACGCUCAUGACCUUGCUUGGUCAAUUGGAGUAUUACCGCAUGGUCAUGGGGACCGGAGUCAAUCCGGCACGGCGCAUAUCGGUCUUGGGGUCCUGCUCCAUGUUUUUGACGGCCCUAUUUACACCGAGUCUCCACGAAAUUUGUUUGCCCAUAUUCGGUCUCUACGCCAUGAUUUGGUUCUUGACCAUGAAACGGACCGUCACUACAAUUCCGGAAAUUGCCACGACUUUUACCGGUAUGUUUUAUUUGGGUUACGUUCCUUCUUUCUGGGUCCGUAUACGGAUACUAGGUACCCAAGAACCAACGCGAUUGGCUUCGGUCGCCGAGCCCUUCUUGCGCUUUCUCGCGGACAAGUCGCAGGCUAAACUCGUGCCCAGCUUUAUCCCACAAGCUGUGGUGCUUCCCAUCACCACCGGGUCUAUCUUUAUCUUUUGGACUUGGCUGUGCCUCGCCUUUAGUGACGUCGGAGCUUAUUUUGUCGGGCGACGGUAUGGGAAUACCAAACUGGGUGCAGUCGCGCCCGCCGCGGGAGCAACCAGCCCCAACAAGACUGUCGAAGGGGUACUGGGAGGGUGUGCUGUCAGUGGUCUAUUGGGUGUAUUCGGAGCUUGGGCACAAAAGUGGCCGUAUUGGGGCGUCACCGGGGCCGUACACGGAAUAUUAUUGGGUCUCAUUGGUCUCAUUGGAGAUCUGACGGCUUCGAUGAUCAAACGCGAUGCCGGCGUCAAAGAUUUCGGCGACUUGAUUCCGGAUCACGGUGGCAUUCUGGACCGCGUGGAUAGUUUCAUUUGGUCGGCACCCUACUCGUGGCUCGUCAUCAACUCUGUCAUACCGUUUUUGAAAAGCGUCGCUUGA